CGGUCUUGGCUGAAGCUGCAGCCACCAAUGGGGGCUGGUGUGAAGAUAGAAUGAUGUGAUAUAUAUUCGUUUUUCAGAAGGCAGGAAGAAAGCUGAAGAAAGCUGGAACAAAGUUCUCCUAAUUUAAAUCAUUAACAUCACUAAGUUAUUUUUGUGUAUGUAAACUUGAAAUGGACCCCGAGUUAGCUUCCUCCCGUCGUAUUCAUUUCGCUUUAUGUAGGGUUUGGGGCAUCUGAACAGUGAAAAUGCACCUCCAUCUUCAUUGAUAACUGCUUCCACUAAGUAUGCACGACAUGAACUCCAAGAUCUCACCCAAAGAGAGACUAUCUUUGGUUGGCAUGUACCUACGACUGCCAUUCAGCCUCCUCGCUUCCAUUGCCCUUUCCCCAUUUCUCGCGCGCACGAGAGGUAAAGGGAUCAACCGUGUGAUCGCAGAGGCAGUCGCGAGCUUCUUCAUAACACAUUGUUCCCCUCGCCAGCUUCAGCAUUUCCUUGGUCCAUCCACUGAGAAGUAUAUCCAGUGGGCAAAGAAGAGGUCUCUCCAACCAAUAGUUGAAGAUCUGAGCGGAAGUGAGACCGCCAAAUUGAUGUGGCUGACGGAGAAAAGGACAGAUCGAGUUCUGUUCUACAUUCAUGGUGGAGGGUAUAUGUCGCCGCAUACAGAUAAUAUGGUCGGGUUUUGUCCUGGUCUUCGGAAAGCUCUGCUCCAAGAGACUGGCGGAGAGUUAGAUUUUGGAAUUGCAUCUUUGGUGUACACACUUCAUCCGGCCACUUUCCCAACGCAGCUUACUGAAUUCAUACUCGCACUCACCCAUCUAAUUUCCUCCGGUGUGUCUCCGGAGAAUAUCAUCCUCAUAGGAGAUUCUGCCGGUGCAAAUCUCAUCAUUCAAUUCAUCACACACACUCUGCGACCAGUGCCAGACGUGAUUCCAUCUCCCUUCCGUGCAAUCGAAGGCAUAGACGUACCCCGGAGGCUCCUGAGAGGGAUCAUCCUUGUGUCACCUUGGAUCUCACUUGGUACACCUACACCUUCCUAUGCACGAAACACGAAAUACGAUUUCGUUAACGCGAGUGCCUUUACGCGUUGGGGAUCAUGGUACAUGGAACGGGUGCAACCAUCACACAUCCCUUGGAUCAAACCCUCGUCUUCAUCGUCAUUCAAAGGACUGGAGACAAUGGUUUCGCGUGUAUUGAUAACGGCAGGAGGUCGGGAGUGCAUCCUGGAUGACGCCACGAGUAUAUUUGACAUGAUUGAGGAGUUGCAGAUUCCGAAAGAGAAUUUGACUGUCACGUUAGAUAUUGAGGAGAAAGGGAUACAUGAGGACUCCAUCCUUGACAUCGAGUCGCCGCAAAAGUCUGAUGGUGGAUUUAGUGAUGCAACGAUGAGGCAAGUGAAUUGGAUCAGAGAGGCGUUUGAGGCAUAAUCAGACAGGAAACCUCGAUAGCGAAUCGAGAGCCCUUUUUCAUACGAUGUAUUAGUUACCAAGUUUGAGCGGCACGAAUAAGCCUGCCCUAAGCUCCCGGCGGUCACAUGUCAUGAC